AUGAACUUUUCUCCUUACCAGCCACCGCCCGACGUUCCCCUCGAGGAGCCCCCAGCGGCCAAGAACACAAAGGGCAAGGGCCGGCCGUGGUUUGCGCGCGACGCGUCCCACCAGUCGGGCUACCAGGCCGGCGGCAGCGCCAGCGACCCGUCCGUGGCCGGCACGGCGUUCACCAACGACCCCGAGGCGGACGCGUACGGUUCCGGUUCCGGCGGCGGCGGCGGGUACGGCGGCAACGCGUACUCGUACUCGUCGUCGUCGGGCGGCGCGGGCCCAUCAAAUGGCGCGUACGCGUACGGCGGCGGCGGCGGCGGCAGCCAGGGCAUCGAGGGCGGCAGCAGCGACGAGGGCCGCGUGAAUGCCUGGGAGAGCAGGUUUGGGUGGCGCAUCGACCUCAUGGCCGCCGCAACGUAUCUGGGUGGCCCUGUGACUGCUCUCCUGUUCCUCAUUCUCGAGACGCAGAACGACUACGUCCGCUUCCACGCAUACCAGUCGGCGCUGCUCACCACGCCGCUCGUGACGUUUAUCCUCCUGACCAACCUCCUCCUGCCCUUCCCCGCGUUCCUCAAGACGAUCAUCGUCCUGGGCGGCAUCGGCGUCACGCUGUACGCGGCCUACCGCGCAUACAAGGACGCACAGGAAGGGCUGGGCAGGUACUGGCUGCCGUACAUUGGCGAGGUGGCCGAGCGCUGGGUCAACGACGAGUAA